GAUUCAAAAUGGCGACUUUCAUUAUAAAGGUUGGUCAUCGAGCGCAUCUUCCUCGUCUUCUUCGUCCCGCCGUAAGGCUUGGCCACCUCCACUUUCAAAAUCAAAAUUUUACAAGCAGUUCAACACCAACAGUUGUAGAUAAACAGGAGAAAGCUGUCGAGGUGAUUGAUGACGACGGAAAGGAAGUAAUCGACACAACGACUGGUGUACCAGACUGGCUUGUCAAAGAAAGAAAAGCAAGGAUUUUUGUCCCUGCACGAACAGCGACGCAGUCCGGUUCGUUUAACACAAAGAAUUGGCAAAUAGAGUUUGAUACAAUGGAACGUUGGGAGAAUCCAUUGAUGGGAUGGGCCUCGAAUGCUGAUCCCUUGUCCAACAUUUAUCUCACAUUCCCCUCAAAAGAGGCUGCUGUGAACUACGCUGAGAAACAUGGUUGGAAUUAUGAAAUUGAUGACAAACAUGAAGUCAAGAUGAAGCCAAAGUCUUAUGGAGCAAACUUUUCUUGGAACAAGAAAACCAGAGUGUCUACUAAAUAGAAACAUAAACGAUUAUAUCUGGUUUGAUAAGGUUGAGGGAAAGGUUGUUAAAACAUGAAACAAAUUUCCUUUUCUUUACAACAUUAAUCUGUACUGUUAUGUACGUUUUGUUCCAUGCAAUGUAAAUAAACUUUUUGGUGAGAAGAUCA